GUGCCCAAUUAACUCCAAUAUAUGCGCUAACAUUACCAAUUGCUAUCGUAUGGACAGAAAAACAUACCAAGAAAACUACUCAAGAAAAUCAUCAAAAAGUUUUGGAAUUAAAUGGCAAUGAAGCAGCUAAUCAUUAUUUUACAAUUUUUGAAACACCUGAAGAAAGGAAUGUUCGAAAAUUGCAAGGAGGAUCAUUUAGACAGU